AGUAAUUGAUAUAGUAUCAUAGUGACAUCAUACACGGAACCUCACUUGGAUAUUAGCCUCUUUUCUUUCCCCCAACCAAAUUCUGAUAUCAACCAUGUCGGUAAGAACUGUGAAAGUCAGCAAUGUUUCCUUGAGUGCUUCUGAGCAAGACAUCAAGGAAUUCUUUUCGUUUUCUGGUGAAAUUGAAUUUAUUGAUAUACAAAGUGAGAAUGAGCGGGCUCAAAAGGCAUUUGUCACUUUUAAGGAUAGUCAAGGUGCAGAGACUGCAGUUCUACUAUCGGGGGCAACAAUAGUUGACCAGUCUGUUACUAUUGAUCUUGCACCAGACUACACUCUCCCACCUUCUGCAAUUACAUCUUCAGCGCAACAACCCACGGCAACGGAUCAACAAAGUGGGGGCGUUGCUGGAGCUGUUGUUCAAAAGGCAGAGGAUGUAGUGAGCAGCAUGUUGGCCAGAGGGUUCAUACUGGGAAAAGAUGCAGUCAAUAAAGCCAAAGCUUUUGAUGAAAAGCUUCAGUUUACUUCUACAGCUGCUGCAAAAGCCGCCGCAAUAGACCAAAAGGUUGGUCUCACAGAAAAAAUCAGCAUAGGCACAACACUUGUGAACGAGAAAGUGAAGGAUUUGGAUCAAAAAUUCCAAGUGUCGGAGAAGACCAAAACCGCCUUUGCGACAGCAGAGCAGACAGUGAGUGAGGCAGGGUCUGCCAUUAUGAAAAAUCGCUAUGUGCUGACAGCUGCCUCCUGGGCUACAGGAGCUUUCAACAAAGUCACAAAAGCUGCUGAAGAAGUGGGACAGAAGACCAUGGAAAAAGUGGCAGUGGGAGAACAAUCAGGAAAGAUCGAGUCGACUCAGCAAGAACCACCUGGUUCCCCGAAAGCCACUACUAGCUGAGCAAGAACACCACCUGCGCGGCUCCACUAUAGUUUAUUGUUUCGUUCAAGUGGUAGGCUGUAGAUUGUGCAAAACUUUUUGGAUUUCAUGGUAUGAAUUGAAGGAUACAUGAUGUUACUUGCUUAUUAGUAUUAGUCAUAGCUGAAAGUACAUACUGUUGCUUGAAAAUGCUAAAACAUGUGACUUAGGUUGCUUGAUUUGUUUUUAUGUUACAUAAAAAUCCUACCUUGCACUGUGGA